AUGCAGCAACAUCUCCUUGUAGCGCUCGCGGCAGCGACUAUUCUAGUACAGGCUGCUCCUGCGGUGGUCGAGCGGGACAACAUUGUUCCAAAGAAAGCAGGACUUUCUGGAUACCCAACCAUUCAGAACACCCAAGCCUUCGCGGAUCUUGCCCCUUACAUUGGGUGGUACUCUGAUUACAACCCGGAUACCCCUGAUUCAAAGGGUGUACAGGGUGUUCCUAUGCUCUGGGGAGCUGAUGGAAGCUCAUGCGAUGUUACCAAUGGGCGAUUACAGACCUUCAAGGAUAAAGUUGCAAAUUCCACACCGCGCCUGAUGUUUGGCUUCUUCGAACCAGAUUGCAAAUGCCAAUCCUCAAGCCACAUGAACAUAAAGGAAACCGCCAAUGCCUGGAACAAUCUCCUCGUUCCACUAGGCAACAGAGGCACAAUCCUCGGAUCUCCAAGCAUGUGCCUACAAAAAGACGAAAACUACCUAACACCUUUCCAAACCAUGAUCGAUCGAGACUGGGACAUCACCAGCAUCCACGUCAACAAGCCCGACUUAAAGGGCAUCAAAGCCGACGUGGCGCAUUAUCGCAAAUAUGGAAAACCCAUCUUCAUCAGUGAAUUCGCUUGCGUGUUCGAUCAACGCRAUUUCACGCCUUGUACUGAUCAGGGACAAAUUGAUGGUUUUAUCAAUGAUGCUGUCGAGUAUUUUGAAAGUCAGGAUGAUAUUGUGGGAUAUGGACCGAGUAAUGGGGAGGGUCUGGGGAGCGUUUGGCCGUUGACUAGGAAUGGGAAGUUGACGAAGUCGGGGAAGACGUAUUUGAAUGCUGUUAAGAGCUUGUGA